GCAGCCAAUAGAACGUCGCAGAACGCGCACCUGCAUUAGAGGGGCGAUGUUUUUUCAUUUUUUUAGACCACGCCCCGUGACGUCACCUGCCCUUGUCAGAUCCUCGGCCCCGCCCCGCUUGUCUUCCUCAGUCCGCUCAGUCGUCCUCUCCGCAGUGGUCUGUGCUUUAUCCUCCUCGUCAUUAUGCAUCUGUGCCGGAACGCCUUGCAGAAACUGGUCCCCCUGACACACCGGGGAGCCGCCGCUAUUCUCCGCAAUGGUUCUGUCCGUCAGAUGUCCUCCAGCAGUGUGCCUGGCUCUUCUGGAGACGCUCUGCCUUACUACCUGCUUGUGGGUGUUUCUGUAGCUGGUGGUGGAUUUUAUGCUUACCGAACAUUGAGCAGGGAUAAAGAGCGUUAUCAGGACCGCCAUGAAUACAUCCAUACACAACUGAGACCUGCAUUUGAGGCACCGGUGCUUGAAAAUGCUCCUAGAAUAUAUCAGUUUUGUGUUGUCUUGGAGCCGUGUCAUCUUUACUCGCCUCCUUUAAAAGGUGGUACAGCCAGUACCUCAUCUGAGACCAUUGAAGAGGCCGUAGAAUCAGCCAUUGAGGAGGUCGCUGCUGAAGCAAUCACGGAUCAGGAAGGGGCACCCUCUGCACCUGUGGAGGAGGAGCAAACAAAGGCAGAAGGUGAAGCUGCACCAGCACCUACACAGGAGGCGCCAGAACCAAGUACCCAGGCUGCUUCAGAGUCGGAGCCAGAACCAAGCACCGAAACUACUGCAGAGCUGGAGCCAGAACCAAGCACCGAGGCUGCUUCAGAGCAAGUGGAACCAGAGAGUAUUGAAUCUGUCAGCCAAACGUUGGAAGAGACAUCUCCUGUGCUGGAAACAAGUUCAGAAAACAUCACUGAAGAGCUGGUAGAAGCAGCAGAAGACUGGCCUGAACUAACACCUAGGAAACCAGAGGAGACUGAGGUGGAAAGUGUACCUGCAGAUCCAGAGAUUGAGAUUGAAGAGGCUGUAGAAUCUGAACAAGCAUCUGCAAGCUCCUAAAGACAGAAAGAUCUCCAGACAUGUCCCUUAUCUUCCUGCACAAGCAUUAGAAUCCCUGGCAUUGAAGAAAUCCCAGAUCCCUAUGAAAUUCCGCUCCUGUUAAUGAAACCACCAAACAGUGCUCACUUGUUAUUCUGCAAAGUAUCACGAUUCAUUUAUAGUGUUUGGGAUAUUUAUGUUCUGUAUCACUCCUUAUAACUGGAUGGUGCCUAGAGGUUUCAUCUCCAUGUUUUCAGUGGUGAGGUGUUGAUUUCCGGCUGAGACUUAGGGUAUGUUCAGACUAAGGAAUUGUAGCUGAAUCUCCGCUCGCGGAAUUUAGCGAGCGAAGAUUCCGCAGUGUGAACAGGUCUCGCGGAAACCCAUUCACACCGAUGCUAACGUUCACUGUGCGGAAUUUCACUUGCGGAAUUCCGCCCAUGGAAUUCAGAGCUGAAUUUAGCGAGCAGAGAUUCAGUCUAGCAGCCAGCGGCGGCGGUAGGACCGCGCGGCACUGCGCCGUCACCAUUGACGGCUAUGCAGUGCUCGCGGACUUCCGCGCUAAGAAUGAACAUGUUCUUUCUUUGCGCGGAACAAUUUCAGCGGCGGAAUUGUCCGCCGCUGAAAUUCCGCAGUGUGAACGGGUCUCGCGGAAACCCAUUCACACAGAUGCUAACGUUCACUGUGCGGAAUUUCACUUGCGGAAUUCCGCUCAUGGAAUUCCGAGGGAAUUCCGCAGUGUAAACAUACCCUUAAAGGGAUAUACUCCGGUGGGAAUCAAUAUUUUUUUUUUUUAAUCAACUGGUGCCAGACAUGGACAGAGGUAUCAGCAGACAGCACUGUGGUCAGACAGAAAAGAAAUUCAGAAAGAAGAGAACUUCCUCUGUAGUAUACAGCAGCUGAUAAGUACUGAAAGGAUUAAGAUUUUUAAAUAGAAAUCAU